AUCCAAAGUAGUAUAAUGGAAAGCACGCAAGGCCUAUUAGAUAUUAUUAGAUAAAAAACACAAGGUCACACUGCAAGAGAUGAUUAAACACAGCAAACAUCAAGUCAUUACUUGUCAAACUGGCAACCAUACAGCGUCAGGUUUAGUCUUGGAUUCCCACCACAUGAUGCAUGUGACCAGGAGCGUUUGGACCACGUGAUAGCAGUUCCCUAACUCCUAAGAAGAGUUCCAGCAUUGUUUUAUUUGCUCCCAAAUGUGUUAACUCUGGUUAAUUAGUGGCUUGGCAUAACGUUCAUUCAUUCAUUUUCUCAUUCAUUUAUCCUCACAAGGGUCGUGGGGGGUAUGCUGGAGCCUAUCCCAGCUGUCUUUGGGGAACUCGGGUCUCCUAGCUGUGAGGCCUGCGUGCUAACCACUCGUCCAUCGUGCAGCUGGCUUGCAGCAACAUCGCAGUGGACGGUCCACAGUGGAGUGGACCGUCAGCUCCUACGGACCAGAGUGGAGCUCCACGCAUAUGUCAAUCACACAGCGAAGCGUGUGGUGUCUGUGUGGGGUUUGCAUGUUCUCCCCGUGCAUGCGCACCUUUUCUCCGGUACCCCCCCCCCCCCCUUCCAAAAACAUGCUAGGUUAAUUAAAAUUGUCCAUAGGUAUGAAUGUCGGGGGGAAUGGUUGUUUGUCUAUAUGUGCCCUGGGAUUGGCUGGCCCCCAGUCCAGGGUGGACAGCUGGGAUAGGCUCCAGCAUACCCCCACCCUAGUGAGGAUAAGCGGCAUGAAAAAUGCACGGAUGGUGUUUUUACUCACAUUGUUAUCUCUCCUAGGAGGGAGGACAGAUAGCAUCUCCUACAACAUCAUAUGGAAGUAAUAUGCAAAUUAGCCAAUGACAUCACAUAAGAAUUUCCGGUGACUUCUAGGAGAGCCAAUAGCUACUUUUCUUACUGUCGGCAGGCAACAGUGGUGCGACUGAGGAGUGAAUGAAUAAUGGCUUCACUUCAAUGUGAAGCUUUCACGACAUGGAGGAUCCAACAUGGCUCCCUCACUCUAUUGUGUUUUUAAAUGAAUGAAUAAAUGGCCUCUGUGUGUUGGUUGGCGAUGGAGUAUCACAGUAUUAGUAUUAGUAUGUAGUAUUCGGGCCACUGGGCGUCAGUAAUGUUACACCGAUGAGACAUGACAUCAGAUUAGAUGACCUUCACACUGCAUCUAAUCAGCCAUGGCAUGCCCGACUUGACAUAGUACUCCUCAUAUUCUGUGUGGAAGUGGUAAACCUUUGGCUUCUUGCUUUGUCCUUAUCCCCUAAUCCGUUUAAACAUUUUGGCAAUUGGAGAGGCCGGGAGUACAACUGCAUAGCUAAUGUAUUAACAUUUAGAUAAAGUCUAAAAUGCCCCACACAUGAGCCGGUGUUGAAUAGCAAGGAAUGGACAAAAAAGGAAGGAAAGAGCAUUCAUAAUCUUGCACUAUUAUGCUUGCUGACUUCCUGUUAUUACAGGCUGGAAUUUUGCUGAUGGGUUUUGCUGACUCUUCUUCCAAUGUGCAUGUAAAGUGGAGUCUUAUUUCUUCUGGAGAACCGUGCACAAACAGAAAUGAACAAAGCCUUGCUUCAUGUUCUAGACACCUACUACACUUCAUAACUUGUUCACUGCUCCUUUAAAUUGGUAUCAUCCUCAAGGCGUGGCUAUUGCUUUUUCCUGAUUCAGCAGAUGCCAGAGCUUUAAUGAGGAUGUUUUGAUGCAACACUUGUUGCAGUUGUAGCGGAGUGACAAGCAAGUCGGUGACUUGGGAGUGAUUACAAAUUGUACACAUGCCUGUGACAUUUAACAACAAGUCAGGGACCAUUACAGCAGAUGGUUGUGGCUUGAUGGACGGAUCAGAAUAUGGGGAUAAAUGUCCAAGAUCAGUGUGGUGGAUCGGAGCGGCCGCUGUGUGUCUGGGGCUGCUCUAUCUUCUUCUGCUGGUUAUCAUCAUAGCGAUGGUGGCUCAAUACACCAGGCCAGCCUCUCUUAAUGACCCGGAACAAUGGCCCUUUGGUGUGACUGGGUAUGACAAUCUGACUUCAUGUGUCCAGUUCCAGAGCAAAUACAUCGCCUUGCUAGAAAGCAACAUCCAGUUAGACAGCCAGCUCCGUUCUCUGACUAAAGACAAAGACGAUGUCACAGGGGAGCGGGACAUCCUCCAAAAGGAGCGAAACACCCUACACAGUGAACGUGACACCCUGCAAAUUAAGCAGGAACACAUCGAGAAGGAGCGUGACGCUCUCCAAAAGGAACACGAAACCCUUAGAAGCGAGCGUGAUGCCCUCAAGGGUGAGAAAGAAUCCCUCCAAAACGACAUGGACACCCUCCAAAAUGAGAAAAACACCUUGAAAAGUGAGCGAGACUGGAUCCAAAGUGAGAAGGAAACUCUCCAAAAUGAGCGAGACACCAUCAUGACUGAGCGAGACUCCUUAAGAGACGAGCGAGACUAUCUGAAGAUGGUAUCCAGCAAUCUGACCAAACAGUUGGAGGUUCUGCAGAACCGAUUCAACACCGUGGUUGAAACUCGAGAUGGCUUGAAGGAGGAGGCUAAGGAGUUAAAUCAAAACAGAACAGAAAAAGUUUGUCCCUCGGAUUGGGUGAAAUUCCAGGAGAAAUGCUACUACAUCUCGAAGAAAGGGAACACUCAUUCAUGGCAAGCAAGUAGAAGGGACUGCAAAGACAGAGGAGGUGACCUGGCCAUCAUCACCACAAGACAAGAGGAGAACUUUAUCACCGCAUAUUACGACCAACUGUGGAUCGGCCUGUCUGACUUGGAUCACGAGGGCAAGUGGAAGUGGGUGAACGGGGAAGAACUGGACUUUAAAGGUUUCUGGCAGAAAGGGGAGCCCAACAACUCAAAUGGAAAUGAGGACUGCGUGGAGGUGUCACAUACAGGAGGGGGAUGGAAUGAUGCACCUUGUCGCUUGCAGUUGUCCUGGGUUUGUGAAGACUACAAGUCAGGGGUGAUCAGAGCAGAUGGUUGGGGCUUGAUGGACUCGGAUUAUAAACCAGAACAUGGAGACAGACUUCCAAGAUCAGUGUGGUGGAUUGGAGCUGCUGCUGUGGGCCUGGGGCUGCUCUACCUUCUUCUGGUUAUCAUCAUAGCUAUGGUGGCCCAACAUAUCAGGUCAACCCCUCUUAAAGAUGCUGAACAACAAUUACCUGAUUGUGACAAUCUGACUACCCAAUGUUUCCAGUUCCAGAGCAAAUACAACACAUUGCUAGAAAGCAACAAGCAGUUAGAGAGCAAACUCUGCUCUCUGACCAAAGAGAAAGACGCUGUCUCAGGGCAGCGGGACACCCUUCAAAGUGAGAGAGACAGCCUUCAGAGCGAGCGAGACGUUCUCCGAAAGGAGCGAAACACCCUGCACAGUGAACGCGACACCCUCAAAUAUCAGCGAGACACCUUCAGGAGCGAGCGAGACACGUUACAAAAUGAGCAGGAAGCCCUCGAGAAGGAGCGAGACACUCUCAAGGGCGAGAAAGAAUCCCUCCAGAAUGACAGAGACAGCCUCCAAAAGGAGAAAGAAACCCUCAAAGGUGAGCUGGACACCCUCCAAAAUGACGGGCAUACCCUCCAAAAAGAGAAAGAAGCCCUGAAAGGUGAGAGGGACACCCUCCAAAAUGAGAAAGAAACCGCCAAAAGGGAGCGGGACAUUCUCGAGGGUGAGAAAAAAUCACUCCAAAAAGACAGAGACACCCUCAGAAGUGAGAAGGAGAUCCUCAGAAGUGAGCGAGACGCUCUCAAGUGUGAGAAAGAAAAUCUCCAAAAUGAGCGAAACACCUUCAGAGAUGAACGAGAUCAUCUGCAGUUGGUGUCCAGCAAUCUGACCAAAGAGUUGGAGGUCCUGCAGAGCCGAUUCAACACCGUGGUGGAAACCCGAGAUGGCUUGAAGGAGGAGGCUAAAGAGUUAAAUCAGGACAGAAAAGAAAAACUUUGUCCAUCGGAAUGGGUGAAAUUCCAGGAGAAAUGCUACUACAUAUCUAAACAAGGCAACACAAAGUCGUGGAAAGCAAGUAGAAGAGACUGCAAAGACAGAGGAGGUGACCUGGCCAUCAUCACCACAAGAGAAGAGGAGAACUUUAUCACCGCAUAUUACGACAGAAUCUGGAUCGGCCUGUCUGACUUGGAUCACGAGGGCAAGUGGAAGUGGGUGAACGGGGAAGAACUGGACUUUGAAGGCUUCUGGCAGAAAGGGGAGCCCAACAACUCCGAUGGAAACGAGGACUGCGUGGAGGUGUCACGUGCAGGAAGGGGAUGGAAUGAUAUGCCUUGUGGCGAGCAGUUGUCCUGGGUUUGCGAAGACUAACAUCCACUUUGUGGGUCUGCGUCCUCAGGUUUCAUUUUUUAUAUGAUUUUAUAGCUUUUUAUAUCCACUGUACGUUCAUCUGUGUCGCUCAAUCAGACAUCCUCACCUUCAUCUCCUUUGCACAGUGCACCGUGUGCUGUGGUACAUCAUCUACAAGUAUAAGAAUAGAAAUAGAAAUCUGUGGUCAAACUGUCACCAUCAUAAAAGCUCAUCAAGUAACAUUUAACAUUCCUAUGUGAUGACAUGUAAAAAUGCAAGAGUGAAAUCCAAAUGUGUUGUGUCCCACAGGACUGCUGUCCAUUGACAUCAAAGUGUAAUUGACAUAACCGUCCAUGACCAUGGACGUGGCCAUAGCUAGGCGUCACUUGGCCUGUUGUACUGAGCAGCCAGGAUGAUAGCCGUCUGUGGUGACGUAACAAGUGAAACACACGUUAAGCAAAGAUAUACAGAACACGCACUUGACGUCAUGCACGAUGGGGAUUUGAGUCUUGGGUUUAUCUAUUGAUAAAGGUAUUUGCCACUUUGACUAUUUUCUUGUAUUGUGCGUGUAUUUGAGAGAGACAUUAUAAAACCAUGUAAACCAAUGAAGAUCGUAAUUUAGCACCUCCAUACUGUCAUACAGUUUGUGUAUGUAUAUGCCAUAUAUAUUUUUGGUAUAUUUGAAAGAUCACUUUGUGGCGGCUGAAUCUGUUCG